UCCCCAGUUAGUAAAUGUGAUAUUGAAAAGGCGUUUGCACAGUGCUGAGUGCAGCAUUUGUUUGACAUACAGUCUGUAAAAGUUGUGGAUUAUGAGAAGAGGAUCUGGCAGCACUGUGAAUCAGCAGGCCAUCAGUGUCUGGGUGCGAGACCCGCGGAUACAAAAGAAUGAUUUCUGGCAUGCCUACAUAGACUAUGAAAUUUGUUUACAUACUGACAGUGUGUUCCUCACCAAGAAAACCUCAAGAGUGAGAAGGAGGUACAGUGAGUUUGUGUGGCUGAGACAAAAACUUCAGGAAAAUGCUCUCCUGAUGGUCAAGUUACCAGAGCUACCUCCCAAAAAUCCUUUUUUCAGUCUAAAUAGCGCCCAGCAGAUCACUGAGCGAAUGAAAGGACUCCAAACGUUUUUGGAACAGGUCCUUCAGAGCCGCCUGCUGCUGUCUGACAGCUGCCUGCACCUUUUCCUGCAGUCAGACCUCAGCGUGUCCAUGAUAGAAGCCUGUGCAGCAGGAAGGACCAACUUCUCUGUGGCACAGGCCGUCCAGCGCAGUGGCCUGAGGAGAUUCCACUCAGAAGACGACCUGCCCAAAGAGAUCAGCAGGUCCUGUGAGUCAGACUCAGAUAGCUCAGAGAGCAGAGAUUCAGAGGAAAAGAUAAGGGAUCUGGCAGUAAACAAAGUAAGAAGCACGGGUUCACUUGAUCUCCUGGACUCCAGCUAUAGGACAAGGACAAGGCACUCCGAUGCUUACCUUUAAAAAAGUGUUGUUGUUUUCAUGAAACUACUUAAAUGCAAGAGGAGCCUUUCCACUUUUUAUUCUGUCCAGUUUCUGGGUUUGUGUUUUAAAAACAGCUAUUCUACAUUUUUUGGCUUAAAUUGUGAUUACUUGUAAAUUCAGGAUGUGGUAUAAUUUAAAUGUUUGUGUGACUGCUGUGCAGACGGUUUGUCUGGAUAUAUUUGCCUGAAGGUGGCAGUAUUGCCACAAUUUCACACAAACAUGCCCUUUCUGAAACUCCACCUCUCUGUAAUUUCUUCAUUACCAAAAACCUUAAAGAAAUAUUGAAACGUUUCUGUUCAUGUUGUGAUACUUCUAAAUACAAAUAUAAGAUCUCAAGCGAU